AUGCCGUUGGAGCAGAGGGGGCUCUCGGAGCUGGAAGUCCAGAGUGAGCAAAACCGUGCCAAGAUUGCUGAGGAACCAGCAGGUAUUCAGGUUCGGCAUGAUCAAGACCUGGGCUACAUGCACCACAAGUUCGCAAUCGUGGAUAAGAAAGUGCUGAUCACGGGCUCACUCAACUGGACCACCCAAGCCAUCCAGAACAACCGGGAGAACGUGCUGAUCAUGGAGGACGACGAGUACGUGAGGCUUUUCCUGGAGGAAUUUGAGCGGAUCUGGGAAGAGUUUAACCCUACAAAAUAUACCUUUUUCCCCCAAGAAAAGAGAGGUCACUGAACUGGGCUCUCAACUCCGCCUUCCGCGUGAGCGGAGGCAGGCCGAUUCGAUGCUGAGUGCUGGUGCCAGCAGAGAAAGGGCUGAGCCGGCCUCCGCUCCAGAGCUGGAGCCCCCGAGCGGGGUGAUGUUUGCAGCACUGGCUCUGCCGGUGGAGCAGGAGAAAGUUCCCCUCAGGAGAAAAAAAACAAAUCAAUCCAGCCCUAAAUGGAAUUCAAGAGUGUCUGGGGUUUACAAGGAUAGGCCUGUUCCGUGAGGUCCGUGGUUUGGGUGGCUCUACAAGCACAUGGAGUUGCCCUGUGUUGACCUUGUCAGCCUUUUGAGUGGAGCCCCUUUUUGUUCUGUUUGUUUUUCUCCACCCCAAGUACACACGACGACACUUGGUUUUGUUUUCUUAAAUCACACACGCACUCAGGAAUCUUGCCAGGUGUCCCAGCUUAGGACCGGAGGGUUUCUCUCUGUGCUGCUGCCCGAGUGGACACUGCAGGGUGGAAAAGACAGGGGUUUCCUUUUCUGAUUCUAGACCGUCUGCUUUGGCCGAUUCCCAUCCAGGUCAGCCCUCGAAGAAACAAGAACAUUCCUGGGAUUGGUUAGAGGGGUCACCAAAUUCCUGGGGCUUCUUGCCAGGUCUGAGUUGCCAGGGGUAAAGUGGAAAUGGCCUGAGUCAUGUUAGCCCCUCCAGACCCUGGCUGGCUGGCUGACCUCAGUUUUGGUCCCCGUUGCCGCCACAGCAGACACCACAGCUCACACUUGAGGAGAGCUCCCUUGCCUAAUGACCCUUUAAAGCGAGUUGGAGAGUGGCAGCGUGCCUGGCUUCACACAUAAAUGAUCGUGGUCUGUCGGUAAGGGCUGUGGCCAGUGGGCAGAAACGGCUUUCUGUUACUGUGUUCAUGCUGGUCAUAUGUUUUUUAUUGUUUAAAAAACACGCUCACACCCAGUCAUUUGGUUGUGUGUUUGGAAGUGACCUAACUCUCAGUUUUGGCUCAUCGUAGCCAGUCUUGCUCUACGGAACUCUUGGAGAAGGUCUGAGGAGAGGAAGACACUUUGGGGCGUUUGGGGCAUCCUAAGCCUCUUUCUUUCCCCAGCGUGGGCUUGGGCGCCUCUCGGGCAUGGCACAGGUGUGGUUCAUAGGGCUCUGUGCUCUCGGGCAUGGCACAGGUGUGGUUCAUGGGGCUCUGUGCUCUCGGGCAUGGCACAGGUGUGGUUCAUGGGGCUCUAGGCUCCCAGGCACCAGCCUUCCUGAAGGUUCUCGUUAGUUUUUUGCCUCUGCAGGUCGUUUGAAGAACGGGCGUCUUAAAUCCGUUUGUGGAAAUGAUCGCAGUCGCUUUUCCACGCUGGUUCCUGAGCUGUAGCUAGCAGGGAUAGAGUUGGUUGAAUUACCCUCACAUCUUGUUGUAUUUCUCUGUGUGAUGGAACCAUGUGAUUUUCCAGAAGUUUGCUCCAUGUGACUGUGGGCGCCUCUUUUCCCAGCUCACAUCAGCAUUACCACCUGUGUGAUAGAUUCCAAGUUACCCUGGACUUACAGCGAUGGACACGUGAACUUGAAGUCAAUUUUGUUACUUGAGCUGUAAAGUGUUCUCCACCAGUCAUUCCUCCGUGUGCUCUCUGUGAGCUCAGCAGCUUAUCUCAUGCAAAGAAAAUGGAAGCUAUUUUGAUCUCUCAUGAAACAAUGUUUCCUUGAACUUGUGCCUUACUUGAAUUAAUGUGUUCUUAUUUUAUAAUGUUUAUGUUAUCAUAACUUUGCCUUAACCCUUUACUAAGUCAUUGGAGUUGUGGCUACUGUUUAUUGAAUAAACACAACUUUGUUUUUCAUGGAGGGAAAAUAUCUGGCUUUGUGGAAACUGUUGGUCAAGUUAAGAAGCCUUAUAAAGAAGAGGGGAACGUUUCAGAGAAAGGUGUUAUUUGAGUACCUCCUAGAUUAAAAUGCUUAAAAAAUA